AAAUACGUCAAUGUGUUGGCCAUUCAACUCAUAUAUGUGUCCAUCUCUUCACUCAUUGUCUUCAUAUCCCUAAUCGGAGACCAAUUGCUAACCAUUAAGAGGAAUGCCAUCAACGCCUAUAUCAUCGCAUUAAGCGAUACGUUAAUCCAUGGCUUCAUUGGGUUCUUUAGUUGGCUCUUAGUCUACAUAUCGAAAGGACAUCCCGUCUGCGAACACAUCGUCCUCAUGGAGUCCUUCAUCUGUGGUCUCACGGCUUCUGCCAUUGAUUUGGACCACGUGUUGGCCGCAAGAAGUUUUGAUCUCAAUGAUAUCUCUCACUUACCUAACCGUCCAUUCCUUCACAACACAUCCCUAACUCUACUGAUAUCGGUGUCCAUCUUAGCGACGGGUCUGAUCCGUCACAACUGGAUGGUCCACACCUACGGCUGGAUAUUCCUCACCGCAAGCCUUACCCAUCACUUGCGGGACGCUCUCAGACACGGCUUCUGGUUGUAUCCGUUCACCACAAAACCAGUCCCU